CGUGGGUUCACCCUCACUACUCACUAGACCAGACAUUCUGCCCCAGACACCCUUCAAAUUCACCCUCCCUCCCUCCCUCCCUCCCUCCCUCUCUCAUCCCCUCCCUCCCCCUCUCCCCACACACACACUUUCUCUCUCUCCCCUCACACACACACACACUCUCUCUCUCUCUCUCUCUCUGUUUGUGCAAUUUUUGCUCUGAUUUUUUUGUCUACUUUUUCAGUGUAUUUUUGAGAUUUUUUUUGCAGCGAAGAAGAUGGAGUUGUGCGCCUCUGAGAAAAAGGGCAUGUGGCUUGGCUCUUUUUUGGAAGCAAUGGUGGUCAACACUGUCCUUGCUGCUCCCAACUCCCUUGCUCUACUGCUCCUUGCGACUGGGGCGCUGAUGAAUGAUAUCAAUACGUCACCAGAAUUGACUGCAGUCACUGGAAGGUUUCCUUUUGAAGAACUUCUGAAACUGGAAAAACCUGGUGCGGAAAACAAAGAUGCCAGCGAUACAGAGGAUGACGAAGAGGAUGGAGAUGAUGAGGAGGUGGAUGACCCAAAGGAUGAUGAUGCAGGAGAUGAGGACUUCUCAGGUGAUGAGGGGGCAGAUAAAGAAGGGGAUCCAGAGGAUGAUCCUGAAGCCAAUGGUGACGGAGGCAGUGAUGAAGAGGAUGAUGAAGAUGACGACGACGAUGAUGAUGGUGAUGAUGAUGAUGAUGAAGAUGAGGAUGGAGAAGAAGAGGAAGAAGAGGAGGAAGAGAUUCCAGAGCCACCUGCCAAAAGGAGGAAGUGA